UCAGAAAAAUAUCGCUACAAGAUGACUUUUCCUAUUGGUCGAAUCCCUGGUUCUUUGAAAAGCGACCGCCUGAUUGGUCGGCUUAUCUGAGAGACGAUUUGCUGACUAUCUUGCAGAUGGCGGAGCCGGACAGUGGUUGCUGCUACUAGCUAAUAUUCGUUUUUUUUCUAAAUGAGAAGUACUGAAGUCUAUAGUUAUAAUUACGUUUGAGUUAAAAUUCUGUUUUAUUCUAUUAAGUUUUCCUAAGAAAUUGUAAACCUAUUUAAUGUUCGAGUUUUGCACUGUAUUUAUUUUGCGACUAGAAGCCCGGUUAGCAUCUUUGUUGUAGUAGUCCAGGCCUAUUGUGCCACCGCUCGUCGAUUUUAACAAUAGCCGCGUUACACUCCCCUCCUCUGCUUGUUUGGUACCUUUGCAGGACUAUUUUUAGACCAAACGAUGAAGGAGCAUAGGAAGUAAGCAGGUUUGGGUAGCUUUUAGGGUCUGAGACAUUGUUAUGUCGACGGACGUUUGAUUUCACUGGAGCGGAGUACAUUUAACGAGCUGCAUCACAACAAUUAAGAUCACAAAGGAAGAUGUCCAACGGCGCAGCAGGAAGCGGGGCUCUGGCAUGGAUGGAGGCUGCGAAUGGCAGAGGGGACACUGGCAAGAUGGAGGGAGUCAAGAAAGACAAAACAAGCUCCAAGUUGUCUGUGGAGCGUGUGUAUCAGAAAAAGACCCAGCUAGAGCACAUUCUUCUCCGUCCAGACACAUACAUUGGCACAGUGGAGCCAAUCACCCAGCAAAUGUGGGUUUUUGAUGAAGAAAUAGGUAUGAACCAGAGGGAGAUCACCUACGUUCCUGGAUUGUACAAAAUCUUCGAUGAAAUUUUAGUCAAUGCAGCAGACAACAAACAGAGGGACAAGAACAUGACUGCCAUUAAGAUCACUAUUGAUCCUGAGUCCAAUACAGUCUCCAUUUGGAACAAUGGUAAAGGAAUACCUGUGGUGGAGCACAAGGAUGAAAAGAUGUAUGUCCCAGCGCUCAUUUUCGGUCACCUGCUCACCUCCAGCAACUAUGAUGAUGAAGAGAGGAAGGUCACAGGUGGAAGAAACGGAUAUGGUGCUAAACUCUGCAACAUCUUCAGCACAAAGUUCACAGUGGAAACAGCUUGCAAGGAAUACAGACACAGCUUUAAACAGACGUGGCAGAACAACAUGACCAAGACCUCUGAACCCAAGAUCAAGUUUUUUGAUGGGGACGAUUUUACCUGUGUGACAUUCCAGCCUGACCUUGAAAAGUUUAAGAUGGAAAAACUGGACAAGGACAUUGUAGCGCUUCUUACCCGUAGGGCAUAUGAUGUAGCGGGUUCCUGCAGAGGUGUUAAAGUUACACUCAAUGGAAAAAAAUUACCUCUGAAUGGGUUUCGUAGCUAUGUGGAUCUGUAUGUGAAAGAUAAACUGGAUGAGACUGGUGUCCCCCUGAAAGUAGUGAAUGAAACUGUGAAUGAUCGGUGGGAGGUCUGCCUUACCAUGAGUGAAAAAGGAUUCCAGCAAAUCAGCUUUGUUAACAGCAUUGCUACCACUAAGGGUGGCAGGCAUAUUGACUAUGUGGUGGACCAGAUUGUAGCCAAACUUAUUGAGGUAGUGAAGAAGAAGAACAAGGCAGGCGUGUCGGUGAAACCCUUCCAGGUGAAGAACCACAUCUGGGUGUUUGUGAAUGCACUGAUUGAGAAUCCUACCUUUGAUUCUCAAACAAAGGAAAACAUGACUCUACAGACCAAGAACUUUGGGUCCAAGUGCCUUUUGUCAGAAAAGUUCAUCAGGGCUGCAACCAAUUGUGGAAUCGUAGAGAGCAUACUCAACUGGGUCAAAUUCAAAGCUCAGACACAGCUCAAUAAGAAGUGCUCAUCAGUAAAGCAUAGCAAGAUCAAAGGCAUCCCCAAGCUAGACGAUGCCAACGAUGCUGGGGGCAAACACUCCUCUGACUGCACGCUGAUCCUCACUGAAGGAGACUCAGCCAAGUCUCUGGCUGUGUCUGGGCUUGGCGUCAUUGGACGGGAUCGAUACGGAGUGUUCCCACUAAGAGGAAAGAUCCUAAAUGUGCGAGAGGCAACACACAAGCAGAUCAUGGAAAAUGCUGAGAUAAACAACAUCAUCAAAAUCGUUGGCCUGCAAUACAAGAAGAGCUACGACGAUCCAGAGUCACUGAGGUCUUUGCGCUAUGGCAAGAUCAUGAUCAUGACUGAUCAGGAUCAAGAUGGUUCUCAUAUCAAAGGUCUCCUCAUUAACUUCUUCCAUCACAACUGGCCUUCUCUGCUGAAACACACAUUCCUGGAGGAGUUCAUCACACCCAUUGUCAAAGCAACCAAGAACAAACAGGAGCUGGCCUUCUACAGCAUUCCAGAGUUUGAUGAGUGGAAAAAACAAACAGAGAACCAUAAAACCUGGCACAUAAAGUACUACAAAGGUUUGGGUACGAGUACAAGCAAAGAGGCAAAAGAAUACUUUGCUGACAUGGAGAGGCAUCGCAUCACAUUCAGAUACAGUGGAGCAGAGGAUGAUGCUGCCAUCACACUGGCAUUCAGUAAGAAGAAGACAGAAGACAGGAAAGAGUGGCUGACAAAUUUCAUGGAGGACAGACGUCAGCGGAGGAUGCAUGGGCUGCCAGAGCAAUACCUGUAUGGAACUCAGGCCAGACACCUCUCCUAUAACGAUUUCAUCAACAAAGAACUAAUUCUGUUCUCCAACUCUGACAAUGAGAGAUCCAUCCCAUCACUGGUUGACGGUUUGAAGCCAGGUCAGAGGAAGGUGCUGUUUACCUGCGUAAAGAGAAAUGACAAGCGGGAAGUGAAGGUAGCACAGCUGGCUGGUUCGGUGGCAGAGAUGUCAGCAUACCACCAUGGAGAGCAAGCUCUCAUGAUGACCAUCGUGAACUUGGCCCAGAACUUUGUUGGCAGCAACAAUGUGAACAUCCUACAGCCUCUGGGUCAGUUUGGUACUCGGAUAAAUGGAGGAAAAGAUGCUGCCAGCCCUCGUUACAUCUUUACCAUGCUCAGUCCUCUUGCUAAGCUGCUGUUCCCAGCGAUAGACUCCAACAUUCUCAAGUUCCUUUAUGAUGACAACCAGAAGGUGGAACCUGAGUGGUACAUUCCCAUCAUCCCAAUGGUACUUGUAAAUGGUGCUGAGGGCAUUGGGACAGGCUGGGCAUGUAAAAUUCCCAACUAUGAUGCAAGAGAGAUCGUUAACAACAUCAGCCGCAUGCUCAACCACCAAGAUCCUCUACCGAUGCUUCCCAACUACAAAAACUUCAAAGGGGUGAUCCACGAAGUCGGCCAGAAUCAGUACCUUGUCAGUGGAGAAGUUUCUGUCAUAGACAAAAAUACCAUUGAGAUUACAGAGCUUCCAGUCCGGACUUGGACACAGGCUUAUAAGGAGUCAGUGUUAGAGCCCAUGCUGCAGGGCAGUGACAAAACACCGGCUCUCAUCACUGACUAUAAGGAAUACCACACAGACGCCACAGUCAAGUUUGUGGUUCGCAUGUCUGAGGAAAAACUGGCCCAGGCUGAGGCAGCUGGCCUCCACAAGGUUUUCAAGCUGCAGUCUAGCCUCACCUGCAACUCCAUGGUGCUAUUUGAUCACAUGGGUUGUCUCAAGAGAUAUGACUCAGUUCAAGACAUCCUCAAGGAGUUCUUUGAGCUCCGCCUGCACUACUAUAAACUUAGAAAGGACUGGUUAUUGGGCAGCCUGGGAGCCGAGGCUGCCAAACUCUCCAACCAGGCCCGCUUUGUACUAGAGAAGAUUGAAGGAAAAAUCUCAAUAGAGAAUAAAUCCAAGCGUGAGCUGAUUCGUAUGCUGGUCCAGAAAGGUUAUGAAUCUGAUCCAGUGGCUGCCUGGUCCAAAGCUCAGGAAAAGGCUCAGGAGGAGGAGUACCGUGACGGAAACGAGAGUGACAGCUCAGUGGACUCUGGUUCCUCAUCAGGGCCAAACUUCAAUUAUAUCCUCAACAUGCCUCUGUGGUGCCUGACUAAAGAAAAAGUGGAUGAGCUGCUUAAACAGAGGGACCAUAAGAGAGGAGAAUUGAAUGACCUACAGAAAAAAUCCUCAGAAGAUCUGUGGAAGGAGGACUUGUCUGUUUUUAUUGAAGAACUGGAUAAAGUGGAGGCUCUGGAAAGAGAGGAGCUGAGUUCAGGGAAGGCCAUUAAACUGGUGAAGGGUAAAGUGGGCAAGCCUAAAGUGAAGAAGAUGAACCUGGAAGAGACGAUGCCCUCACCGUUUGGCCGCAGGGUGGAGCCCCCAACUCAGCCAAUCAAAUCUGAUGCUGCCAAGAAACUGUUUAAGAAGAAGAAGGUUGACGCGGAUCUGCUGGUGAAGUUAGAGUUUGAUGAUGACGGUGCAGGUGGAGAGGGGGUAACAGGAGAAGUCCCUGCAGCCAAACCAAAGGCUCCACGUGUUAAGAAAGAAAAGAAAGAACCUGGUGCUCCUAGGGUGAAAAAAACUCCAGGACCCAAAGGUACCCCUGUUAAAAAGGUGAAGAAGAGAAAUCCCUGGUCUGACGAUGAGUCCAAGUCAGACAGUGACAUGGAGAACAGUAAGCCUGUCAUCCCCAGAGAGACCAAGUCACAGAGGGCAUCAGCGUCAAAGCCAAAAUACACGUUCGACUUCUCAGAGGAGGAAGAGGAGGAGGGAGAUGAGAAAGAGAACGGAGACAACGAUGUGGCUUCUUCUCCUGUGACAUCGUUCAAAGAUAACUUUGGCUUAUCUGAUACCAAGGAUCACUACAGUGACAAUAAUGAUGACAAUGAUUAUGAUGAAAACGAAGACACGUACUCUCCCUUUAAACAAAAGACCAUGCCGGCACCUCUAACUAAAAAGAAAGAGACAACCAGCAUUUUCUCAUCCAAGUCAGCCUUUUCUGAAAGAAGCAAUGAGAGUGAUGGGUCCAAGUCUGACAGCGAUGAUGACAACGGCCCCAUAUUUUCCACUUACUCCAGCAGCUCUGCCUUUGAAAAACUCUCCCCCUCAAAGAAAGCAGCUAAGAAGUCUUCUGAUGCAGCUAUUAAACCUAAGAAGCCACCAGCACCAAAAGCAAAGAAACCAGAUAAGUCCAUCUGGGACUCAGAUUCUGACACCGGAUCUAAGAAGCCAGCACCAGCUCUUAAAGGCAAAGGACGAGGGAGGAAGAGGAAGGACUCUGGCUCUGAGGAUGAAUACAACCCUAUGAAGAAAAUAGCAAAGCCUGGUGGCAAAAAGCCUCAGAAGCCUGAAUCGGAAGAUGACGAGGACGACAACGACAACAGCAACAGCGGAAUGAACGCUUCAUCCCGGGACCGACCUGGACGGGCAAAGAAAGAAGUGAAGUAUUUCCACGAGUCAGACAACGAGGAGGAUGAUGACGACGACAUGUUUGAUUAAAGCAACCUUCACCCUCGCGUUCACCCUCUGCUUAUAUGGAAGUCUUCUCCUUCUGUUUUCCCACAGACUUUUGUACAUUGUAUUAUUUUAUUUUCAUUAAUGGUGAUGUUUAAUUAUUUUUAAUGUGUAGGUGUUUUACACUUUUUCAUAAACAUAUACAGGUUUCUUUUUUAUGCUCAUUGAAAUGUUAUGUAUUUGUCCAGACCAGCUUUUAGGAGUUUAGAAUGCUGUUCUUCAGCACAUUAAUUGUUAAAAUACUAUGUAACUUUUUGAACAUGAAAGUAAACGAUAAAACGUCCAUGGUUUUACUGGCCUAAUUCAUAGUGUUCACAGUGAAGUUAUGUAAUUAAAACUCUCCUGAAACCUA